UGGUCAAGACGCCAUUACGCAAAGUAUGAUACGAGUCUUCUAGCUAGUGCCGAUUAGUUCAGCGAUAAACGAAAUUCUUACGCAAUGCAACCUGCUGACCGGCUUAGCAGCCGCCAGCAACAGCUGGGCCUGCUUGUAGGCCGCACGCAACCAGAUGUGCUUGAGGCGGCACGUGUGGCCGCGCUCUUAAACGGCCAGUCGGGCACAUUCAACUUCCAGUCCGGACUCGCGAGCGGGGGUCUUCACAGUCUAGGUCCUGCGCCAGCUGGCCUAAACCUCGCCCUGAGCUCGCUACCUCAGACGCAAUCGGCCCCGCAGCCUGCCCAACUAGCGCUCCCGGACCUGGCCCUGCUAAGCCAGCUACCGCACGCGUUGUUUCCGCAGCAGUACAGCUCUGGAGAGCGUGACCAGCUCGGAGGCCUUCGUAACGUCGGGAAAACACGUUCCUCGGACAGUCGUAGCUCCAGCGCAUACGCAAGCCGCCACCAAGCUGCAGAACAACGCCGACGAACCAGAAUCAAUGAACGGCUUGAGCUGCUGCGCAAGCUGGUUCCGCAUGCAGAGCGCGCGAACACAGCAUGCUUUUUAGAGGAGGUCAUUAAAUACAUCGAGCUCCUCAAGCGGCGCCAAUACGAGCUAGAGAAGGCACUGGAAACCGCCACCGGCAAGCCUAUUUCCAGCUCCCUAACCCUGCAAGGCAUCCAAAGCGCUAACAACGCUGACCAGGCCCAAGACAGCCAGGUCCCCAGCCCUCGGCAACCCACGCUGUCGUCUGGGCAGGGGGUAACGUCCAUCCUGCCGCGUCAGACCAGCAGCGACACGGCACCCCGCAGCCCGUCCGCACCCCCGCCGCCGGCGCUCUCCACCCAGCAGGCCACAACGGCGCAGCAGCAGCAGCAAGCCCAGUCCCAGCCGCCGCCGCCAUCCUCAGCAGCAGCAGCAGCAGCAGCACCUCCCCAGGAGCCGCCUCAGCCCUCCCAGCUGCAGCACCUGCCGCAACUCCAGCUGGCUCAGCCCACAGCCUCCUCCCAACUCGGUCAGCUGCAGCUGCCGUCCUCCUCCUCUUCAAACACACAGCAGCUCCAGCUCCAACAGCAGCAGCAGUCGCUGCUGUUUCCGCACGGUGCCACGCUGUCCCUCGCCGGCGGCCCGCUGUCCCUCAACCCCAACGUGAACGCCCUGUCCCUAGCGCAGCUCACCGCGGGCCUGCAGGGCCACCACCACCACCACGGCACCCCCCUGCACCUCCACCCGCACCACGGCAGCCACCACCUCUCCGCCCACCACCACCACGUGGCUCAACAGCUCAGCGAGCUGCAGACCAUGCACGCCAUGCACUCCCUGCAGCAACAAAGCCGCGCCGCUGCUGCCAGCGCCGGCGCGGGUCACCCGCCCGCCUUCCAUCCCACCAACAAUAAGGCCUUUCUGCACUUUAACGAAGACCUCUUUGGAGCCAUGAAACCAGAGCUGGUGUCGGCACGUGGCCUGCAGGCCGCAGCUUCGGCCGGCGGUGUGACCUUUGCUGGUGCGGGGGCAGGGGCUGCGUCCGCCACACCCUCGACGUCGCUUCAGCUUACGACGCUGGGGCAGCUGCCCGUGGACUCUAGCACGCUGGCGCAGGUGGAGGCGACGCGGAAGACGCUGUCUGCCUCGCCGGUGUCCAGUGAGGAGAGCGGCGUGCCGCUGAAGAAGCGCAAAGUGUUGAUGUUGUAGUGCGAGUACGAGGAGGAGAGACGAGAAAAAGAGGGCUGUGCGUGUUUAGAGAGGGGCUUGUGCUCCUGGGGAAGGCGGAUACUGGGGUCUUAUGGCAGGGUUACUGGUGGGGCGGAUGGGAGGGGAGGAAAGACGUUAACGACCUGAGUGCUACGCAUUUGUCGCAUCGCGGCCGUCCGACGCCUGUCACCAAGAAUGUGGUUGUAUGGCAGGUGGCAGUUUUCUUAACACUGUGCGACAACUUGCGCAUGGCGCCCACAACGUGGGUUUUUGUGCAGCUGGUGGGUUGCAUGGAGGUGACCUGGUUCGCCGCCUUGCUUGCCAUGUGCCAGCGGGCGACUCGAGCGCACGGGUGGCUGUUUGGACGACUGCCAAUGCACUCGCAAUUGCGGAAGGUGCAGCGGUGGAAACAACGGUCAUGUUUUCUGGGGACGGGCGGGCGUUUUGCGCUCUUGGAAUGUUGGCGGCGUGCGUCCCUGCAGCAGCGCUGUGCUUUGCCUUCUUUACUUCCUUGUCGGAUCGCCGUUUCAAGGCCAGAGUCUAUGCAAGAACGAACGGGUAACAAUUUGGGCUAGAUUAGUAGGGGGUGGUGGUGAUUGAGCUGCGAUAAGCACUUAACAGACACGUAAUAAUUCAUCCCUGUCGGCUGAGGCUGGUUGAUGCCAGGGUAGGCUGUUGUCAUGUGUCCCAUGUAGUGUAAUAGCGGGAGUAGCGGCGGAAGAAGGUGGCCGUCAUUACUACAGGAGUGUGUGUUUCUAAUACGCGCUCGGAGUGUGUGUUUCUAAUACGCGCUCGGAGUGUGUGUUUUUAAUACGCGCUCGGAGUGUGUUACUUAACGACGGGGAACAAUCUUCGGAACAGGCGAGAUGUGAG